AGUCUAUUAUUACCUUGACAAACUCGCCUCGCAACAAGAUCUCUUUGUUACCUUCUUACCUGACUACAUCCCGAGAUUUCAGAAACACAAGAAAGAUGGCAUCACAAGCAGCAGCACCACCCUACCACAUCCACGCCAACCGCUCAGAAACAUCCCUAAGAGCGCCAAUACUGCCUCCGUACUCCGAGCACGCAGGUAAAAAUUCACCGUACGACGACAUCGAGCUCGCAAGCCUAUCCGCCUCAACAUCAGCCUCAUCGCACGCCCCAGAGACCUCAACCAUAGCAGGCCCAUCCUCCUCUUCUCCCCCGAUUUUCACCCCAACAAAACAACUCCAGAUCCAAACCCAAGGGAAAAACCUCCUCUCUUUCCCAACACCCACCCGCCCAGACCCAAUCCCAAUCUUCACACUCACGCCCUCAGGACACCUCGACCGCCCACUCUACCUCUCCGUGCGCCCCAACCACCGCUCCGGAUCCAGCUUUCUAACGUACGGCGACGACGAGACGCAAUCGCCUCUAACAACAACAACCUACCGCUUCGGAUUCGGGCCUAGCCGACGUCCCGUCGUAGUCCUGGGAGAUCCGACGCGGAAUCCUCCUCUAUCACGUUCCCACAGCGACUCUCUCUCAGACGACCAAAGUCACGAAGAAGACAGUAACGCCGAUGCCGCAGAACCCCAAGGCUUCGAGAUCGCGGGCAAGAACCUCUUCACCCGCGCGAUCCGCUUCGCGGUGCCCGGUCUAGGCACGUUCGGCUGGCGCUACGGCAACGCCGAGGAGCGCGCCAGUUACGCGGCUGACAGUCUGCUUAUCUGCGAGCUGUACACACCUUCCCCCUCCAACUCCAUCGCAAAAAAAGAAAAAGAAAACACCAAGACCGGCACCCGCAUCGCGCAGCUCGUGCGCAACGAGACCUACCGCAGUCCGGGCUCCAGCCGCUCGUCCGCGGGCAACGGGGGCAGGCUGAUGCUCGAUCUGUCGCCGUUCGAGGAGAAGAGGCGCGAGCGCGUCGAGUGGCUCGUCGUGACUACUGCGGUUUCCGUGCUCAAGCGCGAGGUCGAUAGACGGCGGGCGCAGCAGAUUGCUACUAUUGGGGCUAUUGUCAGCUAAUUGAUAUGUGAAUUAAUUUGGAAGAGAGGAUGGGAUGGUAAUGGGGUUGUUAAUGAUUGUCUUGAGCUUUUUUUUCUUUUCUUUCCCUUUGGUAGAUGGCUACCUGAGUUCUUGAUAUAAUAGACUGUUGCCAGCGAUAAGCCUGUAGACAUGGGCAUUUGAUAUAUGACUAGUGACUGACUGGUGUUUAAGUCCGAUAGUAUCUAGUGAUUAUGUUCCGUAGCUUACCCCUUAUCAAGAGAUCAGCGCGAAGUUGGCUUAUACCAGUAGCAAUUAUCACUUGACGUACUCGAAU